AUGGACAACCCAAGCCUUGUUCUUUCGAGUCUGCAGCAAUGGCUUGACAACAGGAGCUUCCUGCCUCGCCGGCGGCCUUGCCCUGAUGAAUAUGUACCCAUCACAUCGCCCGCCAGGCAAGCCCAAUCAGUCAACGAUGCUCCCUUCGACUUGUCCCUUCUGUCGGUAACUGCAGCGCAUGCAGAUAAAGAGUCCGACACUGUUCUCUACCUCGGAUAUGGCUCCAACCUGAGCGCAGAGACGUUCCGAGGAAAAAGAAACAUCAGGCCGUUAUCGCAGGUCAAUGUUGUUGUCCCCGCAUUGUCCUUGUCGUUCGAUCUACCGGGGAUUCCUUACUCGGAACCAUGCUUUGCGAAUGUGAGAUACCGGGAUGUCUCUUCGGUAGAAUAUGGCGACAAUCAGUUCCGAGAGCAGGACUAUCACAAGGAUCGCUGGCAUAAAGGUCUGGUCGGAGUGGUGUAUGAAGUCACGAAAGAAGAUUUUGCACACAUCAUCGCUACAGAAGGAGGAGGUUCAGGAUACCAAGACGUGCUGGUGGACUGUUAUGCUCUGACGGGAGGUCCAACCGAAGAUGUCCCCCUGAAGCCUAGCGGUCACUCAUUCAAGGCCCAUACAUUGUUCGCCCCUUCAGGGGCGUCGAGACCAGACCCUUCUUACGCUCAACCCAGUCCUAGGUACCUGAAGUUGAUCACCGAUGGUGCCACUGAGCAUGGGCUACCGCUCGAGUAUCAGGCUUUUUUGCACCAGAUCCGCGCCUAUCGUUUAACCACAAUACAGCAGAGGCUUGGUGCCUUCAUAUUUUUGUCGGUGUGGUCCCCCUUCUUUCUGUUCCUAUUUGGAGGCGCUGCCAUCUUUCUUCGGCCUGACGGGCGGUAUCCGAAAUGGUUGACUACAUUUCUACGGGCGAUGUCCACUGCUGUCUGGGCGAGUUAUGAUAAUUUCUUCAAGCCGAUGUUCGGGGAUGGAGAAAGGACUAUUGAGGAUAAUGAAGAUCUUGAGCAAGACGAUCUGAUAACCGAAAAAUUGCCAUUGCUGGAAGAGCAGCAUAAAUAUGGUGCUGUGGAUGUGGUGGAAAGGAUAGUCUGA